UCCCCUAGAUCCGCCACUGCUUUCUGCCAAGAAGUUACAAAAGAUGCUAAGAGGUUUCAAAAUAUCUGUAGGGGUAUGAAUAAUUUGGGCCCGUUGGAUCCUACAUCUUGUUGCGUGAAACCAUUAACUGGACAACAAACAUAGAAGGCAUCAAUUACUUGUUUGUUUGUUACGGAAGUCGUUCACGCUCAUGAAUGCUUUUAUAUACUCUUGGUCUUUUAGACGAGGUUGCAGCAGCGUACUAAAGAGCUUUUACCAUUUCGGCCAUUGUGUUGUGCUUUGGUUAAUUUAAACAGUGUCAAAACAAGUUCCAAAAGUAAUAUCUCCGCAUUAUGUAAAGGGAAAAAAGGAAUUAUGAUAUUAGAAAAAUUGGACUAGAUUUAAUUAGAAUUCAAUAUUACAGGUUACUUCCUUGUAGCGAUGAGCACGCACGCUAAUUAGCCGUCAUUUUCUUAGAAAGUUUAAAAUAGCAAUAACAAUGUCUGUUAGGAAAUAUGACAGAAAUCUCCUCAGUCGAUGCAGUUCCCAUGAAACGUAACACUGAUUGACCUCGUAUCAACUUCCAUGAAAUGAGGAAGCAAUGUGGCGCAGUUCCAGUCAGUUGGCCAUGCAAAAGUUACCCUUGUAAUCGCCAAAGUUAAUUAAAGCCCUGUUUUCGAAAAUAAAUUGACCGAGUAAUAUGACCUUAGCCCUGUUAGUCAGCCGUUACGUGUACUAAAUUUUGUUAGUGAGGACUGUAAGACCGUCAGCUGGCGAGAUGACAAUCAAACAAGGAAGAGAUUAAUACAUCUCACGCAAUUGUUGUUUUAACACUAUAUCAGUAAUCAUUGAGUCAUUUCAUGGUGUACAACUGAUUACCUUUAAAUAGAAGGGUGCAUCCGAAAUAAUAUUUUACUGAAGUGGCAAAAUAAAACACCAAACGGGCACACAAAGCUAAUGAACAGGAAUGAUAAACAUUGCGAAAGAUUAAGACAUGCACAACCAGUACGGGGAGACUCGGAACUUGAAAUGUUCAGGCUAACUACGCUAUCUGGUAUGUUGUUCGCUUUGCUUGAGUUGCAUGCCUGUAAAUAAUCCAGAGACUGCGUGUUUAUCUUGGGUAAACAUACCUUUUGGUGUUACACACACCUGUAUAGCUUACAUAAAGAGACUGUUAUCUGCCCAUCCAUCUAGGCGAAAACGUGUUCCAGAUGAAAACAAGUCACUUGACAUUCGCUACCGCUUUAGACAAGGAAAUCACGAUUGCACACACUAGUGUCAUCACUUGCUGCAUAAAAACCAAGUAAAUGAUGUUUUUGUACGCGCACGCUGAAGAAAAUACAAACGACUUUUUGCGGAACGUAAACCGAUCACACUUGUUGGAAUGAGGAAGCCUUACCGAUCGAUGAGAUCAGUAUAAAAGUGAUCCAUCUGCAAUUGAACUGACUGUCAAGACAGCCUAAGAACUGUGUUAAGAUGUCUCUUUCAACUGGUUCCAUUCUCUCGAAAUUACUUCUAGUCGCAGGAACUCUAUGCUCUGUGAUGGCAAGCUCGGAUUUAAGAGCUUCAGUUCCGCAAGGCCUUCGGCUGACAGCUUACUCUGAGAAGCAAGUCAAAGGUUGCUACAACUACAAUCAAACCCUGGGAAUUUGCUUUGAUGUCCGCAAAAGCUCCAUGAAAUUACUGAAGACGGCAGGCGAAAAAAUCGUGUUUUACAUGGACCUUGGUCCAAACAUGUUCUACUACCAGGUUGUAGACCAAGGAUUUAUCGGGCACGGACCAUCGCUGAUUUAUGUGCCCGAUAACAUUCCAAAAGUACCGCAGGUGCUGCGCGAGUUUCUAGCGAUGAAGCAAAACGAUGAAGAAACACCCCAAGAACUCGAGUUGCUGAAGUUCCAUUAUCAAGAAGUCGUCAGCGAGCUGCACUAUGUUCCAGAGAUUCAUCUUUUGGAACUGGUGUCAGUAGCACUAAGUGACAACUCCACCAACUGGGAAAUUCUACAGCGAUUUCGUGUCCUUUGGUUCAAUCUCCUGAAGACUUCGGACAUUCAGAGUCCAGCAGAACUGGGAGCUGCGCAUGAUUCAGAUGAUGAAACCACUGAUCAGCACGGCAAAAGAAAGAGGCGAUGCAGUUUGGCAAGUGAUCCCGGUAAUGACAAUUGUCAGGGCAUGUGUGGUAAAGGAUGUUCGUGUUGGUCCUUUGUCUGUGGGGAUUGCUGUUUUCACCGAGGGUGUUACGAGCACGAUAAGUGCUGCGAAAAAAGGUUUUUCAGCACUUACUGUCUCACGCCAUUUUUUCAUUCCUUCCAUUGUUAUGGAUUUGGCGGUUAUCCCAAAUGCCUGCGCGGAAAUUUUUGGGGCAAAUAAGAGAUGACAUAAGCUUAGUUUGCAGUACUUUACACGUGAAAAGCAAUUUAGUUUAGAUUAGUUUUCGGCUAGUCCAGUCCCUGAACUCUCCUUUCUUCCCACCUCAUAUAGGAGCUGAACCCGGGCGGGCGAAAAGGGAGACUCCAUUUUAUAGCUGGUUUUCACGUGACGUCACUAAAAUUCGAACUACAAAACUAUUGAUCUU